AUGAUAAACGUGGAGUACCUAGAUCUGCCAGAAAACAAACUGCAAGACAUUGCCAUGACAACUUCAAUAUGUUCUGGUGGUUACCCUAAACUCAGAGUUCUUAAACUCCGGAAGAAUUAUCUCAAGUCCUGUGGAACCCUGAUAGUUCUCUGCAUUCUAGAAUUCAUUUGGUACAAGAUGCAUGCCACCUGGUACCUAAGGAUGGCUUGGCAAUGGUUACAGGCAAAGAGAAGAACUGGUAAGACCACGACUGACUCAAAUGCUAAAUUUGAUGCCUUCAUUUCCUAUAGUGAGAGUGAUUCCGAAUGGGUUGAUAACUUGUUGGUUCCCCAGUUGGAGAACACAAAUGAACCCUUCAAGCUUUGUCUCCACAAGAGGGACUUCCUGCCAGGGAAAUGGAUCAUGGACAACAUAAUUGAGUCCAUCGAGGAAAGUCGAAAGACCCUCUUUGUCAUUAGCAAGCAUUUUAUGAGCAGCGAGUGGUGCAAGUAUGAGCUGGAGUUCUCCCAGCACCACUUCUUUGAUGAGAACAAUGACUUUGUGAUUCUGGUGCUCCUGGAACCUAUCCCCAAAGAGUGCAUUCCUCGCAGGUUCUGCAAGCCGCACAAACUCAUGAGCAAGAAGACCUACCUGGAGUGA